CUGCCCAUCCCCCGCUUGUGCUCUGUCUCUCUCUCUGUCUCUCAAAAAUAAAUACAUAAAUGUAAGGAAAAUAAAAAAAAAAAGAAAGAAGAAAAAUAAAGUGUGAGAAAAAUAAGGAGACAAAUAGACAUGUCAGGAGAAGGGUAAGACUGGAAAGAAAACUGGAAUAUUCUUGAUCUCUAAACUCCACUGGAAAAUGGAAGAUGCUGGAAUUGAAUUUCCCUUUCUCCAAGGGAGUCUAGAAGUCCCAGACAAUCUUUGCCUCUCUCCCUGGUUGACCAGAGAGCCAGAGAGCCGCAGCGAGCUGAGGAGUAGGAGCUGCUUUUCAAGAGUUCCUUCCCCUUGGUUGGUUGGUGCUGUGGGUGCCAGCUACUCCCACCGGUGGCCUCGGGGACUUGGCGUUCCCCGGCACAGGAAGUGUGGCUCCUGUGGCAGGACAGCCAAAGAUCAGAAGCAGGAGCUACUGCGGAGCAGUUCCUAAUUUUCGUGCCAGCAGCCAGGCCAGUAGCUCUUAAAAUGGGGCCCUUGGGACUUGUGCCAGUCCUGGUACUAUUCAUCCUCCUGGGGAGAGUCCAGGAGCCUGAGCUGGUUGAGGGGUUGCUUGGCAAGAAGUGUCCCGAAAACAAACCACCAUGCAGUUUCAAAGAAAUCGACCACUGUGGGAGGAAAAAACGUUGCUCGGGGAAGAUGAAGUGUUGCAAGUUUAACUGUGCAAAGAAAUGUGUAGACCCCGAUGAAGACGUAUGCAGUUUGCCCAAGGAAGUUGGCCUCUGCCUGGCCCUCAUUCCACGCUGGUGGUACAACAAGGAAACCAAACGUUGCUCCAAAUUCACCUAUGGUGGUUGUGCUGGAAACAACAACAACUUCCAGUCUGAAGCUGUCUGCAGGUCCAUCUGCCCCGAUGUGUAGUCACCAACUCCCUGGGCAGGAUAAAGAGAAGUAGAACAACCUCCAGAACUUGGUUGUAAUCCAGGGCUCUCUCCAUGUGUGCCUGACUGAUGCUUCUUAUUGGCUUCCUCAGCUGUCAAGACAUUGGCUGCUCCAAAACUGAACCCCCGCAUUUGCUUACUCUUUCCUCCAGCUCAGCUUCUUUCCAAACAUAAUGCCCUUUACCCUUUGGCUCCUUCUCAGUGUGAGAUCCUAUCUCUUCAACUCUCGGGGCCCCCAUGUAUCUUUCAGAAGCCACCAGUUUCCCUAAUAAAGUUUUCUGUGAGGUCUGGUA